AAGAUGGCUCAGGCCGGGGUAAUCGCUCCCACGCCCCGAUGCCCCCGCCGCUGAGCAGGGUGAGCUGGGAGACCCUUUCCCUCAUUCCUUCCCGCCCCACUCGCGACGCGGGGAUGGCUCCGUGGCCUCCCAGGAAUAGCUCUCUGACCCCGUGGCCAGAUAUCCCCACCCUGGCACCCAAUACUGCCAACGCGAGUGGGCUGCCAGGGGUGCCCUGGGCGGUGGCGCUGGCGGGGGCGCUGUUGGCGCUAGCGGUGCUGGCCAUCGUGGGAGGCAACCUGCUGGUAAUCGUGGCCAUCGCCCGGACGCCGAGACUCCAGACCAUGACCAACGUGUUCGUGACUUCGCUGGCCACAGCCGACCUCGUGGUGGGGCUUCUGGUCGUGCCCCCGGGGGCCACGUUGGCGCUGACCGGCCACUGGCCCCUGGGCGUCACCGGUUGCGAGCUGUGGACCUCGGUGGACGUGCUGUGUGUGACCGCCAGCAUCGAAACCCUGUGCGCCCUGGCGGUGGACCGCUACCUGGCCGUGACCAACCCGCUGCGCUACGGCGCACUGGUCACCAAACGCCGCGCCCGAGCAGCCGUGGUGCUGGUGUGGGUCGUGUCCGCCGCGGUGUCGUUUGCGCCCAUCAUGAGCAAAUGGUGGCGCGUUGGGGCAGAUGCCGAGGCGCAGCGUUGCCACUCCAACCCGCGCUGCUGCACCUUCGCCUCCAACAUGCCCUACGCGCUGCUCUCCUCCUCGGUCUCCUUCUAUCUUCCGCUUCUGGUGAUGCUCUUCGUCUACGCACGAGUUUUCGUGGUGGCUACGCGCCAGCUGCGCUUGCUGCGCCGGGAGCUGGGUCGCUUCCCGCCAGAGGAGUCUCCGCCGGCUCCUUCUCGCUCCGGCUCCCCUGGCCCGGCGGGGCCGUACGCCUCGCCUGCGGGGGUGCCCUCCUACGGCCGGCGGCCGGCGCGCCUUCUGCCUCUGCGGGAACACCGCGCCCUGCGCACCUUGGGGCUCAUCAUGGGAACCUUCACUCUCUGCUGGUUGCCUUUCUUUGUGGUCAACGUGGUGCGCGCCCUCGGGGGCCCCUCUCUGGUGUCCGGCCCCACUUUCCUCGCCCUUAACUGGCUGGGCUACGCCAACUCUGCCUUCAACCCGCUCAUCUACUGCCGCAGCCCGGACUUUCGGAGCGCCUUCCGCCGCCUGCUGUGUCGUUGCCGGCCGGAGGAGCACCUCGCCGCUGCCUCCCCGCCCCGAGCCCCCUCCGGCGCCCCCAGGGUCCUGACCAGCCCCGCUGGCCCCAGGCAGCCCUCACCGCUCGACGGGGCUUCCUGCGGACUUUCUUAGGCCUUGAAGAAACAGCUCCAUUGAUCGGAACCUUUGGAAAGCCUCUGGCCGGCAUCGGUUCAGAAUGAGCCCCGUGGUUUCCCAGCUGGAAAACUCUGCCCUUCCCCAGCCUGCCGACUGGGUCCUGGGAGGAGGCGGGGGGACUGACUCGGGAGGGGAAAUCCUUACCAAGUGGGUUUUCGCCGGCUCUCUCUUUCUGAGAGAAGUCUUCUAAACCCCAGCCCUGAACUUCACCGCUACCUCAGCAGCUCGCGCGUUCGCUUCCCGUUCGCAGCCGCACGGGCAGGAGCUGGGCUGCGUUUAGUCCCGGCACCCGCCCCUGUCUCACUCGGGAGCUGUGUGCGCGGGGGCAAGGCGGGCACCUUCAUUCUGUUCCUUCCGCCUCCCAGACCCUGAGGAACCCACCGGGGUGCUGGAGGCCCAGGCUGAGAAGAGGAAGGGGGAAGGUCACGGUUUGGGCCUCUGUCCGUGGCUUCCUCACUGUAGACACACCUACCUCACAGCAGUUUCAGGACUUUGGAGUUUGGGGUGGGGAGGGGGCGCUCCUGAUUUCGUGGGAAGGUGAACCAUUAGAAUGGGUCCCUUUUCCUUUAGAAAUCAAAUGAAUAAAUGUUACUGAAUGCAGU